AGACGCACCCGCCCCCUCUGUCCCUCUCCACCCCGACCGGCCUCAACGGGGGCCCGGAGUUGGCGGGAGCCUAUAAAAGCCCCUGGCGGAGCCGGCCGGAGCAGCCCGGGCACACAGGGCGGAGACCCCGCGCCGAGAGCAUGGCCCAGCAAUCCAGUCAGUGGGGCUACGACAGUGACAACGGACCUGAGCACUGGCACAAAUAUUACCCUAUUGCCAAAGGAGACCACCAGUCACCUAUUGAAAUCAAUUCCAAAGAGGUCCAGCAUGACCCCUCUUUACCCCCUUGGUUUGUUGGUUAUGAUCCCGGUGCAGCGAAGACCAUACUGAACAAUGGGAAAACCUGCAGAGUUGUGUUUGAUGACUCCUUUGAUAGAUCAGUGCUGAGAAAUGGACCACUCCCAGGUAUCUACAGACUGCGUCAACUUCACUUUCAUUGGGGUUCUUCUAAUGACCAUGGCUCUGAGCACAUUGUGGAUGGAGUGAAAUAUGCGGGAGAGCUUCAUUUGGUACACUGGUAUUCAAAAUACAGUAAUUAUGCUGAAGCUUUGAGAAACUAUGAUGGUGUGGCUAUUUUGGGUAUUUUUCUGCAAGUAGGAAAAACUCCCAAACCAGAGAUGAAGAGAAUUCUUGAAGAAAUAAAUGGUAUUAAAACAAAGGGAAAAGAGGCUCCUUUUUCAAACUUUGAUCCAUCAAUUAUUUUUCCUAAAUCUUGGGACUAUUGGACCUACCAUGGCUCCUUUACUGAACCUCCUUGUGAUGAGUGUGUUACCUGGAUUCUUUUGAGGGAACCUAUUAUUGUCAGCCCAGACCAGAUGGCAAAGCUCCGUAGCCUUUCCAUCAAUGCUGAGACAGAACUUGCUCGCCCCAUGGUGGAUAACUGGCGCCCUCCUCAGCCUCGGCAUUUCAGGAUGGUGAGAGCCUCAUUCCAAUAAAAUCUAUGCUGAAACUGGGUGUCUUUGCAUCAAAAUGUGGAAUCUGUGUUUGGAUCUCAAUAACAACUGUAUUGGCUUUAAUAGUAGCAUUUAUAUGGCUAUUUCUAAGGAAGAAAAAUGGAAUAGUUACUAAUGGCUAGAAAAAGCAUUUCUCCAUUAACCUUAUGGUCUUCAGCGCUUGACUUUUUCCAGACCAAAGAGGUUUCCAAUGAACAGAAACAGAGUAAUUUGAAUUUAAAAUGGGCGACGUAUCAAAUUCUGCUGUCAAUUGUACUAGCAUAAUCCAGUAAGGAAUACCAGGUGUAACUGAGGGCAGAGUUUUCUCCUUUGUAUUCAUAUAGAAAUAUGGAGAGUACAAAGACUCAUUAAAUUUCCAUUGAUAAUUAAGCAAGUUAAGAUUUUAAUGAACUGAGAGAUUAAUAUUGUACAAUUUUAUGUUGAAAACUGAAAUCAAGGUGUCAAAUUCAGGGUAUUAAAUGGGGGUGGGGAGAGAGUUCCUACUUUAAUUAUUGUAACAACAGACAUAUUCUUGUUAGGUCAACAUUCGUUUUAAUGUUAAAGCAACUGAAAUGAAAUGAAUUUCAAGAAAUCCCAGGAUUUUCUUUAAUUUCCCGCAUUUGUAGGUCUUAUCAGUGGAUGAAAGUGAAUAGAUUCUGUAGAAAACCCUUUAGCAUCCUAAGAGUUAUUUAGUCCCCAUUUUUUCUACUGUACCAUUGUCCUUACAUAUCUGAAGGCCAAAUUCUGCCCUCAUAUACCUAUGCAAUUGAUCCUGAUGUCAAUGAGAUUUGUGUGCAGGUAUCUCUGUUGGACUUAUGGUAGCAAAAGCAAUAAAAGAGUAUUGUAUGACUGCACUU